AGUCCACCUGAUAGUAAACAUUCCUCCUGCCCCCGCCAGAAACGACUUACCACCGCAGGGCUUUUCUCUGGUUUAUGGACGCAGCAGAAGCAGGAAGGGCAGUCUGUAGUGUUCGUUUAAUAGUGCAUUUGCUUUCGGUUCUGGUAAAGCGUCUUAGUUCUGUGCUAUAGUUUCCUGGAGCAAAACAACAAAGUAAGCCUCUGUUAUCUUAACAUGUCUUCUCUGGAAAGCAGAAGAAGGAAGAAGAUAGUGGCCAAAAGAUUAUUGAAUCCGAGUGAUCCAUUUGAAGGCCCAGAAGGAUCCCUUGUUUGGGGAAAAUUGAGGAAUUUCCCUUGGUGGCCAGGUAUAAUAGUUGAUGAACAUGCUUGUGGCUUAUCUUGUAUCCCAUCUGGCCAAUUCUGCAUCUUUUGGUUUGCAGACCGUCGUGUGUCUGGGGUACAAAAUAAAUGGAUGAAAGACUUCAAGAAGCACUAUGAGCAAUGUUUCGACCCCACCGUAAAACAGGCGUUAUAUGUGUCUGGAGUAGAAGAAGCUGUGAAACUUUGUGCAAAACGUCUGGGUCAUAACGCUGAGUCAUGGACGAAAAAGGAAGCGUUGUGUUGGGCACAAGCUGGAUUUCAACGCAGUGCUAACAGAAAAGUGGAAGAAGUUACACCAAUAUUUGUGCCUGAUGGAGUGCAAGAUGACCUUUUGUUAAUCAAACGUUGCAGAAAAAGUAAUGAAAAGAAUAAUAAGUUAUUAGAAAACUGUGGAUCUUCAUCAGAAGCCAGUUCUUCACAACCAAGUUUCCAGUAUGAUGAUUUGAAGAAAGUGAAGAAAGGUGAAAUGGACAUAGAAAAACUAUGUCUUAGGUGCAGAUCUUCAAAAGUACAAAUUGUUGGAGAACACCCAUAUUUUAAAGGUUCACUUUGCAAGAUCUGUAUGGAAACAGUAAAAGAACAUAUCUUUACAUUUGGUGCUGAUGGCAUACAUAUGCAUUGCGCCAUUUGCAGUAAUGCAGGCGAAGUGUUCGUUUGCAGCAAUCCACAAUGCUGCAAAGUAUACUGCCAUGUCUGCAUUGAUUUGCUGGCUUCAGAAGGGGCAAAGAAUUGGAUACGGGAAAAGGAACCGUGGCUUUGUUUUCUGUGUGAUGAUCCAUUGUCAUCUAUGCAUGGUUUCAUAAAGCCAAGACCCGAUUGGAUGAACUGUCAGAGGAUUUCUGCUCUUUUCCCAGCGAAUAACAUUAUGUCAUCCAUUCCUCUGUCAAAAAAAUCAAAAUCUGGCUUGAGGGUGUUGUCUCUCUUUGAUGGAAUUAGUACAGGAAUGGUAGUUCUCAAAAUGAUGGGAAUAAAAGUUGAAAAAUAUUAUGCUUCAGAAGUGGACAAAGAUGCUAUAAAUGUUAGCAAAGUUAAUCAUGGAGACAGCAUUGAGCAUAUAGGAGACGUAGAAUUGUUGAGCCCCGAAAAGUUGUCUCGUCUUGGUCCCAUAGAUUUGCUCAUAGGUGGUUCUCCAUGUACUGAAUUAAGUCUGGUCAACCCUGCUCGCAAGGGCCUCUACGACACAGAAGGAUCUGGUUACUUAUUCUUUGAUUUCUACCGAGUUUUGAUGACACUUCAAGUACUGCAUGGUAAAAACAUAUUCUGGAUAUUUGAAAACACUGCUUCAAUGCCAUACAGAUUGAGGAAUGUUAUAACUAGGUUCCUAGGUUGUGAUCCAGUCGUUAUUGAUGCAUCAUGGUUGUCUGCACAGCGCCGGGCACGUUUUUUCUGGGGCAACAUUCCGGGUUUGGGAAGGACAGAGCUUCCCGAGAUUAAUAUGAAACUAGAUGAAUGUCUGAUGCCAGGCAUGGAAAGGAAAGCUGUGGUUGAAAAAAUAAGGACAGUGACCACCCAGUCAAACUCUCUUCUUCAGGGUAAGAAUAGGAUAUUUCCUGUGAAAAUGAAAGAGGAAAUGGACGCAGUAUGGAUAACAGAACUGGAAGUUAUCUUUGGUUUACCACUCCAUUACACAGACACUGGGAACCUUCAGUUACGUGAACGACGACAACUUCUGGGCAGAGCAUGGAGUGUACCUGUGGUAAAACACAUCUUGCAACCACUGAAGUUGUAUUUCAAGUGUGAAAGGGAGAAAAGUGUAAAACAGGGGAAAAUGACCACAUAAAGCACAUGUGGAACCAAUACCAUUAGAAUCAUCACUACCACAUUCCAAAUUCAGGUUAUCAUGUCUUUCAGUUUUAAAUCGUCUUACUUUUGGUCUUGGUUCAGAUACAUGUUCAUUACUUCUCUUUUUACUGGAUACAUCUUACAGUUUUACUAUAGUUUUGCCAAAUUUCAUGAAAGGUUUACUCCAUUUCACAGGGCUGCUGCAAUAACAUUUGUCUGAAAAAAUUAUUAAAAACUUUGUCAAAUUAUGAGUUGUAUCAUGUAGCAUCUAUUGCAUGCACGUGCACAGAGACACAACAUUCACAGCAGGGUAAAAAAAUUUCAAAACUUAGUCAGGAUUGGCCUUAGAAGCUGGGCUGUCACCCAAGUCAGACAGACUUCAGUAUUUUGAAGAAUAUUAUCAAUACAGUUUCUUUAACCAAUCAAAGCCCAUGUGUGUUUAAUUUUAUGGUCCUUGUUGCAUCCAAUCUGUACAUGUGACAUACUGUAAUAAUGUGUUCAGAACAAAGCUUUCACCAGU